AUUCCAUGUCUACGUUCAGAAUAGAGUUGGAUCGACAUCUUCCACUAUCUAAACAACCAAAUAAAGGUCAUAAUAGAUGGCAUCCUGGUAUUCCUCCUAUUCAAGUUGUCAAGUCUGGAGACGUUGUAGUGAUGGACACUCUGGACGCUUUCGACUGUCAGAUAGGCCCAGAUACUCAAGCUUCAGAGUUGAGACAAGUGGAUCUUGGGAGAGUUCAUCCGCUAACUGGUCCUAUUUAUGUUGAGGGAGCGGAACCAGGAGAUAUCUUAGCUGUUGAUGUUUUGAACGUUGAAGCUUCAUCUUUUGCGUACACAGUGAAUAUACCAGGUUUUGGUUUUCUGAGAGAUUCUUUCAGAGAACCUUUUAUUGUGCGUUGGCAUAUUGAAGACAACGUUGCCACAUCUCCUGAUCUUCCCAAAGUUCAUAUUCACGGCAAUCCUUUCAUGGGUGUUAUGGGCACCAGUCCUUCUUCUGAUUUGCUUAAAGUUAUCAAUGAAAGAGAAGAAAAAUUGAAAAGCCAAGGUGGUGCUGUUGAAGUGCCUUCAGAACAUGGAGCUGUACCAACAGGACAUCUAUCAAGUGAGGCAAUUAGAACUAUCGCACCACAUGAGACAGGUGGUAACGUUGAUAUCAAACAACUUACUAAGGGAACUACUGUGUACUUGCCUGUUUAUGUCAGUGGUGCAUUGUUUUCAGCUGGUGAUGCACAUUUCGCACAAGGUGACAAUGAGUGUUGCGGGACUGCCAUAGAAAUGGCUGCAACAUUAACUGUGCGUCUUCGAGUUCUUAAAGGAGAAGCUUCGCGCACUGGUCAAAGAGAUAUAUCUUUUAGUAGAGAUAUUUUGAAUCAGAUGGGUCCGAAUGACCAUUGUUUGUCUUCUUUACAUGGCCCUUUCUACGCAACAACAGGUAUAUGUGUGGACCGUGAGACAGGGGUCAAUUACAGUGAGAACCUGACAAGUUCUACAAAGAAUGCGCUAUGGAACAUGAUAAACUAUAUUCAUCAGAAGUACGGAUACAGCAAUCUACAAGCAUAUUGUCUUUGCAGUGUUGCAGUAGAUUUCCACGUAAGCCAGUUACCAGAUAUUCCAAAUGUUCUCGUUUCAGCUAUAUUACCUCUUGAUAUAUUUGAAUAAAUUUGUCCGAACAAGUUUUCUGAUACCAUUGAAUUGUUG